CAUUAGCUUAUAGCUAAUUAAGUAGAUUCCAUAAAGAUAAUAUGGUAAGCCUUGUGUUGUUUCUACUAAUUGCUCUUUGUCCAGUUACUAUGAUCAAAGCAUGGCCAUUCAGUAAUCCACCAUGUCCAAAUUGCGGUGACCUCGCAGUUCCAUAUCCACUCAGCACCAACGAUAAUUGUGGCGACUCCAGAUACAAAGUUUACUGCAACAAUAACAAGUUAGAAUUCUUGUCAGCCACAGGAAAUUACUAUAAGAUCCUUAAAGUUGACCCUUGUAAUAACAAGCUUGUUCUUCAACCACCCCUCAUACUCAAAGGAACUUGUUAUUCUUCUGAUGUUGUUGAUGGAGGGUUUGUCUUGGAAGAAGACUUGCCCUUCAAUAUUUCUACACACAACACUGUCAUGUUGUUGAAUUGCUCGGAGAGCAUCCUUCUUUCCCCUCUGAACUGUUCCUCAAACAGUAUAUGUAGGGUGUUUGAGGAUAAGGUUGAAGAGGGAAAAGGGUGUUUUGGUAAACUUUGCUGCCAUUACUUGAAAGAUUCAGCGAUGAAUUCUCACAAGAUAAGAGUGAGGGUUGGAGGGUGCACAGCUUACACUUCCUUGGUUGAUUGGAAUCCUGAUUCUCCUCCUGACUCUUGGAAUUAUGGGAUUGAGCUUCAAUGGUUGCCUGCACUUAUUUGAUUGGAUCCAUGCAUGCCAUGCAUGCAUGCAUAUGAUCUUUUUAUGUUUGCUUUUUGAUGAUGAUGAAAUUGAUAGUAGUAGAGGUUCUAGGUUUUUGAAGUUUGUGAUGUUAUGCUGUUG